GUUUUUGUCAGCUGUCAAAAUGCCGAAUGGGUAUACACUGAUUCGUUUGCGCUGUUUGGAAUUACGUAAAUUCGGCAGCAACCAUGUCGAUCCUGCGUUCAGGAUACUAUGACGCUCCAGAGGGCGAGGACGCUUUUGGUAAAAUUGUGGCCAUCAACAAAUACGCCGCCAUCACUGGUCUUGCGUGGUCCACAGUGGAUGUGCUGACGCUGUCAAAGACGCAAGGCUAUCUGCCCACACUUGGCCGUUUCGCCUACAAUACAGGGCCAUUGAUGGGUAUGGCGACCGCAUUUACGCUAACCACGCUUGCUGCCACAAAUGCACGCGGCAAGGAUGACAAAAUAAACUAUUUCCUUGGUGGCUUUGCCGCUGGAGGCGUUUUUGGUGCAUGGAAACACAAUCAUGUGGCUGGUUUGUGCGCCGGUCUGUUUCUGGGUAUCGCUGGUGUCAUCAAGAAGAUGUCCAUUGAACAGGGCUGGGAAUUUUUCCCCGAUACGCCUACUUACCAAGUUGGUGGCGUUAAUAUAAUAGAUAAUGACUACACCUUGUUUGCUGAGCGCCCCAAGAACUGGACCGCGGAGAAGCCAGUAGAAGAAGUGCCAGAAGAACCUGCCCCAAGUAAGAAGAGGAAAUAAGUUAUCCUCUUACAUUGGUUUAGUUAAUAAAGUUAUAGAAGAAGGAGGUAUACUGACCAUUGUAAUUGCAUCGCGAAAUACAAGUCAAGCAUGCGAAUUUCUAGAAACCCGAAAACAAAAUGUAGCAACUGAAUAAAUGCGAAUUAACAAGUGAUAACACAUACAUACAUA